AUGAGUGUUGACUCCGAUGACGACAGUGGCUGGCUGGAAAAUGUCAGUCUCAUCACACAACACCACAAGGUCUUCAUUGUGCCUCGUGUCGAGCAGGAGGAAGUAAACGACUUCAACGUCGAUUUUGAGGAGAAUACCAGGAUAGCUCGUAAAGAUGUGAACAUGAUGACGGUAUAUGAUGUCGGAGGUCAAGACCCCUUGGUAUUUCCUUUCCAUGCAGACUGUUACGAACUUCUCGGAAAGGUCGUCAAACCGCAGAAGAUUGACAACGCACCCCUUUUCCGAGUUUUAACAUUUCAUCUUCCAAGGCUCCUCUACGGGCCGCCAAAUGUCUUGGACUUUAACUAUGGAAAACUGAAAAGAUAUCAGAGCGAUGAGUGGGAUACUGCCCUAGGAAUGGAGUACGCAGUCGCAUCGCCAAUUUCCAUCGAGAACGUCACUUCCGUUAUUGAGGGCGUUUUGAGGAAAGCUAACAAGUCGAACGUACCCGACAAUCGAUCAACCUAUAACAUCCCAACUGGGCCACCUCCUGGUCGUGAACGUUCCCAAAACGGAGAUAUUUCUGACACGGAAUGGGAAAACAAGUUUGCCACGGAAUUUGCCUGGAUACGCGAGUUUCUUCCAUACAAGGAAGAGAUCGAGCGGCGUCACAUCGAUAGGUUUUUGUUUUGCAAGGCCAUCUUUGACCUAGGCGGUGGCCGGGGAUUCAAUACUCCUGACUACCGAGAUACGCUGCGGGCCUUGCAUAAUCGCCGCCGACUCUGGGAAUUAUGUUCGAAGAUCGUACAGGAGUAUCUGCCUCUCUCCCAACAGCGCAGCGCACAAGAGCCUGGGGCAAACUCCUCACCCGAGGCCGCGAGAUCCAGGACGACCAGCUCAGUACCUACGAGCACGCCCUCGACGAUAGACUUCUUCAGGAAGCCUAUAAAAGGUAGCAUACCUUGGCCCUGUGAGCCACACGAGCUGAGGAACAAGUCACCGAUUGGAGCAUCGUCCAUGGAGACCCUGACUCUUGUAGCCCGUGGUAGCGAUCUGAACAAUGCGGUCCGUUUCGGGGUCGACGCUAAUAUGCAGCGAUUCGAGAUUCACUUUGAGGAAAAUGGGCGAAAAUGGAGUCAUUGCAUUGGUCCCCGCAGCACGGCCAUGCAGUACCUCUACUUCGACAAGUCAUCAGUCGUGCCUGACAGAAUUACAAGUUGUUAUGUGACUAUGAAGCAAAAUGUCCCCAGUGGUUUACGGUUUAUCAGCCAAAGUCAGACGAUCACUGCUGGAAAGCCUGAAGAAGAUGAGACGAUGUAUCCUCCUCAAACGAAUUGGGGCGGCUGGAUGACUGGAAUAUUCUGCCAAUGGUUAGAUCGAGAUUCUCCUGAUGCCAAGCUGGCCUCUUUUGGUGUGUACUUUGCGGACGAGUAG